ACUACUGAAGCCCGUGCGCCUAGAGCCCGUGCUCCGCAACAAGAGAAGCCACCGCAGUGAGAAGCCCGUGCACCGCAACGAAGAGUGGCCCCAAGCCCGCGCGCAGCAACAGAGACCCAACACAGCAAAAAAUAAAAUCAAUAAAAUUUAAAAAAACAAUAAUCAUAAAUGAAUAAAAGGGCACAGCCCCUCCCCGGGUUUAGGGCAGCAGAUAGAGUGUGUGCCGGAGGGCGGAAAAGUUGCCUACCUGUCAUCGCGUGCUGCAGACACCUCACCUGCCCGCCCAUACUCAUGCCCCCCGCUUCCUGGAGACCCCCUGCCAUCCUGUUUGUUGGAAGUUUUGUUUGUUUUUCAUGCUCUUGGGUCUGAGCCUGGGUGUGGAUUCCGGUAGAGACCUGGCCUUCUCAGCUCACCUUGGGGUCCUGGACUGGGAGACUUCAGGCUCAGAGGAGAGUGACUUGUCCUGCAGUGGCACGACAGAGCUGCCCAGUUUACUGACUUUUUACUUUUGGCCGGUUAAACAUUGGUGGAGCAAGGGUUAGGGUUAGGGCAUACGGCGCAGCUUGCCCGAGGCAAUCCUGGCCCUGCGCUGGGCCCUCUGUCCCCACAUCUGGGCAUCCUCCUGCGUCAAAGAUGAUUCAUGUAGCUGACAGCCUCAAAGACUGGGUUCAGAUGGGCUGUUUGUUUCCCUUUUAUUUAAACUCACAAUUCUUAAGCAGCACAUGCCUGGGGAUGCAUGGAGGGGAGGCCACUGCUCCUUCCCGGAUGGACCUGACAGCGUGGAAAGGUUCUGCCCGAGCCGGGCUGGGAGGCUGCUGAGGCCGGGGGUUCUGACCGGCAGUGCCCUGAUUUCCCUGUUCAGAACAUGAAUGGCUUUGAGGAAGGCGUGGAGUUCCUGCCGGCCAACAACACCAGGAAGGUGGAGAAGGGCAGCCCACGGCGGUGGGUGGUGCUGGGAGCCGUGCUGGCUGGCCUGGUGCUGUCCCUCAUGGCGGGGCUCCUGGUGUGGCACUUCCAGUACCAGAACGUGCGGGUCCAGAAGGUCUUCAAUGGCUACCUGAGGAUCACGAACGAGAACUUUCUGGAUGCCUAUGAGAACUCCAGCUCCGCUGAGUUUGCAAACCUGGCCAAGAAGGUGAAGGAAGCGCUGAAGCUCUUAUACAGCGGGAUCCCUGUUCUGGGCCCCUACUACAGGAAGUCAGCUGUGACCGCCUUCAGCGAGGGCAGCAUCAUCGCCUACUACUGGUCGGAGUUCAGCAUCCCCAAGUACCUGGUGGAGGAGGCCGAGCAGGCCAUGGCGCAGGAGCACGUGGUCACACUACCACCCCGAGCCCGCGCCGUGAGCUCCUUCGUGCUGACCUCAGUGGUGGCCUUCCCCACUGACCCCAGAACAGUACAGAGCACCCAGGACAACAGCUGCAGCUUUGCCCUGCACGCCCGUGGCAGCGAGCCGACCCGCUUCACCACGCCCGGCUUCCCCGACAGCCCCUACCCGUCUCACGCCCGCUGCCAGUGGACCCUGCGGGGGGACGCUGACUCCACACUGAGCCUCACCUUCCGCAGCUUCGACGUCGCGACCUGUGACGAACAUGGCAGUGACCUGGUCACUGUGUAUGACACCCUGAGCCCCGUGGAACCCCGGGCCGUGGUGCAGCUGUGUGGCACAUACCCUCCCUCCUACAACCUGACCUUCCUCUCCUCCCAGAACGUCCUGCUCGUCACGCUGGUGACCAACACCGAGCGCCGACACCCCGGCUUCGAGGCCAUGGUCUUCCAGCUGCCUCGGAUGAGCAGCUGUGGAGGCUACUUGCAUGCAGCCCAGGGGACAUUUAGCAGCCCCUACUAUCCAGGCCACUACCCGCCCAACAUCAACUGCACCUGGAAUAUCGAGGUGCCCGACAACCAAAGCGUGAAGGUGCACUUCAAAGCCUUCCUCUUGCUGGAGCCCAACGUCCCCCUGGGCUCCUGCUCCAAGGACUAUGUAGAGAUCAACGGGGAGAGGUACUGUGGAGAGAGGCCCCAGUUUGUCGUCAGCAGCAGGAGCUCCAAGAUCACUGUCCACUUCCACUCGGACCAGUCCUACACGGACACCGGGUUCCUGGCCGAGUACCUGUCCUACGACGCCAGUGACCCGUGCCCGGGCAGGUUCAUGUGUAACACCGGGCGGUGUAUCCAGGAGGAGCUGCGCUGUGAUGGCUGGGCUGACUGCACCGACCACAGCGACGAGCUCCACUGCCAAUGCAACGCCACCUACCAGUUCACGUGCACGGACAAGCUCUGCAAGCCCCUCUUCUGGGUCUGUGACUCCGUGAAGGACUGCGAGGACGGCAGUGACGAGCAGGGCUGCAGCUGCCCGCCUGAGACCUUCAGGUGUAACAACGGGAAGUGCCUCCCGCAGAGCCAGCGGUGUGACAGGAAGGACAACUGCGGGGACGGGUCCGAUGAGGCCACGUGCGACCACGUGAGCAUUGUCACCUGCACCAGACACACCUACCGCUGCCUCGACGGGCUGUGUGUGAGCAAGGGCACCCCCGAGUGUGACGGGAAGAAAGACUGUGUCGAUGGCUCCGAUGAGAAGGACUGUGACUGUGGGCUGCGGUCGUUCACCAGGCAGUCUCGGGUUGUCGGGGGUGAGAACGCGGACGAAGGUGAGUGGCCCUGGCAGGUGAGCCUCCACGCCCUGGGCCAGGGCCACGUGUGUGGGGCUUCCCUCAUCUCCCCCAGCUGGAUGGUGUCCGCCGCCCACUGCUUCGUCGACCACAGAGGAUUCAGGUACUCUGACCACAGCAUGUGGACCGCCUUCCUGGGCCUGCACGACCAGAGCAAGCGCAGCGCCCCCGGGGUGCAGGAGCGCCGGCUGCAGCGAGUCAUCUCCCACCCCUUCUUCAACGACUUCACCUUUGACUACGACAUCGCGCUGCUGCAGCUGGAGCAGCCAGCCGAGUACAGCGCCACCGUGCGGCCCAUCUGCCUGCCGGACGCCACGCACGCCUUCCCCACCGGCAAGGCCAUCUGGGUCACCGGCUGGGGCCACACGCAGGAGGGAGGCACGGGGGCGCUGAUCCUGCAGAAGGGCGAGAUCCGCGUCAUCAACCAGACCACGUGCGAGCGCCUGCUGCCGCAGCAGAUCACCGCGCGCAUGCUGUGCGUGGGCUACCUCAGCGGCGGCGUGGACGCCUGCCAGGGCGAUUCCGGGGGCCCGCUGUCCAGCCCAGAGGCCGAUGGGCGGAUGUUCCAGGCCGGCGUGGUGAGCUGGGGCGACGGCUGCGCGCAGAGGGACAAGCCAGGCGUGUACACGAGGCUCUCCGUGUUUCGGGACUGGAUUAAACAGCAGACCGGGGUGUAGAGGCGAGGUGCCACCCCAGGUGCGCACGUGCAGGCUGAGGACGGGAUUGCUGCCCGGACCCCCGGCUCGGCCCCCCGGAACCCAGACUGGGACCUGAUCCCCGAGCCUCUGCAGAUGGAGACUCGCCCGCAGGCCUCUCACCCAUCCCACACCCCCAGCUUCCCAAGCGCGGUCGGGGAGGGGAGGGGAGGAAGCCUCGCAGUGCCAGACCGGAGGUUUGAAGACACAGCCUCUCGGCCCUGGUGCCACGCUGGGCUGGAGGCUCUUUUCCUCGGAUACAGGGAAGGCCAGCUUCGUCUGCCUCGGAUACAGGACCAGCUCUCGUUUGGACUUUGGGGCCCCUUGGGCGGGGCUGGUGGGGCACCACGGGCUCCCAGGGUCGCCCGCUUCAGGAAAUCCAGGCCUGAGGGACCUGGAAGUCAGCCGGGUCCAAGGUUCGAAUGUUUUGCCGGCUCCCAGGGUGGGGUUCAGUGUGUAUAUUUGUGUGUAUGA